GAUGCGUCUUAGUCUUUCUGAUUAGUCAAACUCGGAGACAAACCAGCCCAAAAAAGCUUCUUUAUUUAUUUAUUUUAUUUUUUAAAUCUGUUUUUUCAAAGAAGGUGACGUUGAAGAACUGAGAAUUUAUUUGAGGCAAAUGGAAAAAAAACAAUAGUGUGAAUAGUCAAAUUAUGUGUGCAAACAGCAUAUGCCAUCUUUGAAGCAGUGGAGUCCUCUCUUUCUCUUUCUGGUUACUAAAAUCAGCUUUGGAUCUUCAUGGAAUUUGAUUGCAAAAAACCAGGAAGAAAUUAGAUUAAAUUUGAUAACAAAAAUUACAGCCAGAAUCAAUAGGUUGACAAAAAGAUGGCUGAUUAUGGAAGAGUUCAUCCAGAUUGUGUUAAUGCUUCCAAUCCCUAUCAUGAAUGUGCUGUAGCUUGCCUUGAAAAAAUUGCACAAGGCCAGGGACGGAAAGAGAAGAAAAAGUCAGCAGGCUCUUUCAUUUUUGAAGCUUCUCGAAGCUUUGGCAGAAAAAAGAAGGGAUCUGAAUCUCUGCCUAGGUCUGCUAGAGACAAUAUUUCUGCUGUUAAAACAGUGUACUCUACUGACUCUUUGUCACCUCGAUCACCUUUGUCCACGAAGAAAAAAGUGGAAUCAGAGAACAGUCAAUCUUCUUCAUCAUCCGGUCAACAUUCUGAAGAAGCUUUUCCACAAGAUCAUUCCUUUGACAAGGGACAAGUUCAAUCCACUGAAUUUGUGCAUCCAUCUGGGAACUUAAUGCCUAAUGGUACCAAAAGCCUUUCACUUGGUAGUUUUACUUGUUUUGCCAUUGUGCCGCCAACCAAUCCGGAGGACGACCAGAAGUCUCUUGCUUCAUCUGAGAAAGCUUCAUCUCCUAUUUCCAAGAAUUUGGAAGUCACUAAUGCUCCAACUUCUAAGUCUCUGAAUUCCACUUUUACUAACAUUUCCCGUGCUUCAGAAGAGAGUGACGAUGAAAUUCAGUCCGUUAUUUCUGAUUCCUGCGUGUCAGUCGGAAAAUAUCACGUGAGAUCAACUGCUGCCUCUAUCUUGCAGUUAAUCCUGGACAAGUAUGGGGAUAUAGCUGCAAACUGUCGGUUGGAAUCGACUUCCUUGCGUGCUUAUUAUCUAGAAUGCCUUUGCUCUGUGGUUCAGGAGUUGCAAUCCACAUCUCUUAAUCAGCUAUCAAAAUCCAAAGUGAAAGAAUUUCUGGCUGUUCUCAAGGAUAUAGAGUCUGUACAAAUAGAUGUUAGUUGGCUGCGGAGCAUACUGAAUGAACUCACAGAAGCCAUGGAACUCAAUAAGCAACAACAAGCAGCCGAGGAAGCGAAAAGCAGCUGCAUUCAUACUAUAGAAUCAACAAAGAAAGAGCUAGAAUCAAUGAUGGAGGAUUUAGCUAAAAAAGAAAAAGAAGUUGCAGCUGCAAAGGCACUAGUGGAGGAAACAAAGGCUCGGUUGAGGGAGUUGAAGCUUGAAUCUUGUCGGUUGAGUGAUACCAUUUUAUCGACCAGGUCGAAGAUGGAAAAGUUUCAUAUCAAACCAUUCGCAGAUGAGAUCUUAUAAAUCAAUUAGCAUGCAAAAAUUUAGUAAUUGAUGUGUAGAUGUUUGUUGCAAUGUGGUAGUUAAUAUGGUUGCAUUCAAGUAUGAUAAAAAGAAUGAUGUGGGUUUGUAGUUAUGGUAUUUGUAGCACUCACAAUAAUUGUGAAGUUGUUGUCCAAAACAUAAAUAUAUAUAGUUGAUUUAAGGCUUUUUAUUAGUGGA